AUUGCUGCCUUCUUUCCUUCUUUGAGAGACACUUCUGUACGGACGCUUCACUCGAACCGACCGGGAGAGGGAGAGAGGCCGAGACGCAGAAUCUAGGAAUGGCUUCCUCCUCUUCCUCUUCCUUCGCGGCGCCUCCGGCUGCGGUCUCGUCGGCGUCUGAGGAAGAGCUGACCCUGACGGUGAAGUGGAGCGGGAAGGAGUACACCGUCCGCAUCUGCGGCGACGACUCGGUGGGCGAGCUCAAGCGCCGGAUAUGCGAGCUCACCAACGUCCUCCCCAAGCGCCAGAAGCUCCUCUACCCUAAGGUCGGCUCCAAGCUCGCCGAUGACUCCGUCUUGCUCUCUCAGCUCCCCCUUAAGUCCUCCCUCAAGAUGACCAUGAUCGGUACUGUCGAAGAUGAUAUCAUUGUUGACCAAGUGGAUUCUCCGGAGAUUGUUGAUGACUUUGAGCUUGGACAAGAUGAAGUUGUUGACAUCAAAGAUAAGGAAGUCAAUAAACGGAAACUGAGGAAACGGAUCGAUCAAUACAAGAUUAAGACCCGGAAUCCUUGCCGUGAAGGAAAGAAGCUGCUAGUCUUGGACAUUGAUUAUACUCUGUUUGAUCAUCGAUCCACAGCAGAGAACCCUCUUGAAUUGAUGCGUCCUUAUCUCCAUGAAUUUCUCACGGCUGCAUAUGCAGGAUAUGAUAUCAUGAUAUGGUCUGCAACCAGCAUGAAGUGGGUUGAAGUUAAGAUGGAACAACUCGGAGUCCUUAACAAUCCGAGUUACAAAAUCACCGCUCUCUUAGAUCACUUGGCUAUGAUUACAGUACAAUCAGAUACGCGGGGGAUCUUUGAUUGCAAGCCCCUUGGCCUGAUCUGGGCUCAAUUCCCCGAGUUUUACAGUCCAAAAAACACCAUAAUGUUCGAUGACUUGCGAAGGAACUUUGUAAUGAACCCUCAGAAUGGCUUGAUAAUCAGACCAUUCAGAAAGGCCCAUAAAAGUCGAGAUAGUGACCAGGAGCUCGUGAAGCUCACCGAGUACUUGCUCACCAUUGCGGACCUUGAUGACUUAAGUGGCCUUGACCAUAACAACUGGGAGAUGUUCCAUGAGGACACUGCCAAGAGGCAGAGGCACUCGUGAUCCUCUAUGUUGGGCUCGUUGAUCUUACAGCAUGUUUGCUGUACUCUUAUUUGAAGGGUGUUCGAAGUUGCACCAUCACAUCAAGGCUUUUGGACAUCUUCCUCGGCAGGGACAUGUUAUGCUCUACUUUUUUGCAGAAGCGACCUUUUUAUCUGAGGGAUGUUGAACGCUAAUUAUCAGAUACCCACUUUAGCUUCUGGCUACUUGUGUUAUUUCGCCCUUUUUGACGUCUAUAUUGUACUCGGUAUAUAGCUAGUCGCAAUACAGCCACAGGAGUUUGGGCUUUCAUGCAAUUUGGUUAUCUCCUUAUGAUUCAUUUCAUCCAGUUUUUAUUUA